AUGGCGGAUCAGAACUUCGCGAAGGUUGCGCACGGCCCCAUCUUCAUCGGCACGGUUAUCAACAUCAUCCUUUAUGGUAUCUCGAUUGCACAAACAUACAUCUACUUCAGCACCUAUAAAAAGGACCCAUUGUGGAUGAAACUGGUUGUCCUGCUUGUCCUUGUGGCAGACACCUUGAAUAGUGUAUUUGACAUCCAAUAUACCUACGAUUCUCUUGUCAAUCAUUACAAUGACCCCGCUGCUAUUCAAAAGGCCAACUGGGCAUAUUCCCCCCAAGAUCCAGCCAUGACAUCUAUUAUAGGAACCAUUGUUCAGCUUUUCUUUUCUUGGAGAGUCAAGGUCAUCACCGGCAGCAGGAUUGCGACCACUUUGCUAGUCAUCGGCUCUAUCAUAUCUUGCCUCGGCGGUAUAGCAACCUCGAUCGCCAUCGGCUUCGUGCCGGAGUGGUUGGAAUUUCAGAAGUUCCAGAUUCCUGUCAUUAUUUGGCUCACUAUUUCGGCAUUGGUCGAUACAUCUAUCACCACCAUUCUCGUUUGGCAUUUACGUCAACAUAAGCAUGGCUUCAAAAAGUCCGAUGAUGUCCUCGACAAGAUCAUUCGAUUGACCGUGCAAACGGGGUUGGUCACCUCUGUUUGGGCCAUCAUUGACUUGGCAGUCUACCUCGGGAUCACAAGCGGAACGCAUCUUAUCUUCAAUUUCGCCCUGUCGAAACUCUAUAGUAACUCCCUGCUCUCGAGUUUGAACUCCCGCCAGGGUUGGAAAUAUUCCGCCUCUACAAUAAACGACAGCGAUAAUGGGAUCAACAGUCUACGUACCGAAGUCGUCAACUUUGGUGGCUCCGUCAGGCCGGAGGUCUUCAUCGAUGUCGAGUCACACGAGAUGGUGAACACGGACGACAAGUACGGCGGAAGCAAGGCUUUCGCCGACUCUCGUGGCAGUAUUGCCGCUGGUGAGGACUCUGCUCCGAUCAAGGCACCGCACCCCGUUGUGAAGGCUUCGUAG